ACCACGUUCACACCAUUCAUUCUCUCUUUACCGCCAUCUCUUCUCUUUUAACAAACUAGACUUUGAACUAUCAUCAUGAGGAUCUACUCUCUUGCCAUAUUUACCGCACCUCCUGGCGGCAGUUCAACCCAGCUGGCAGCAUAUGCCGACUUGUCCUCCUAUUCCUUCUAUCAGCGUGGAUCCGUACAAGAGUUCUUGAACUUCUUCUCAAAGACCGUUGUCGAUCGUACGCCACCAGGACAGAGACAGUCAAUUGAAGAGCAGAGCUACAAGUUCAACGUGUACAAUAAAGGAGGGGCGGAUAACCUUGCUGCGCUCAUCAUUACCGACCUGGAGUAUCCCCCUCGACCGGCCUUCUCUCUUCUGCAGAAGGUCUUGGAUGAUUUCGCCACCGAAAUUCCCCGGUCUUCAUUUGCCAACCCAUCCAGCAUCUCGUUCCCCACCGUCAAGGCUUACGUGGACAAGUAUCAGGAUCCUCGGCAAGCUGAUUCCAUCAUGAAGGUGCAAGCUGAGUUGGACGAGACGAAGAUCAUUUUACAUAAGACCAUAGAAUCGGUAUUACAACGGGGUGAGAAACUCGAUAACUUGGUCGAGCGCUCCAACAACCUGAGCAUGCAAAGCAAGAUGUUCUACAAGACAGCGAAGAAGCAAAACUCGUGCUGCGUUAUUGCUUAACGGAGCGUUGCUGCUUGUGCUUCCUUAUAUUCAGGAUCGGAUACCCAUUGACUGUAUCUUGAUGUACGAUAAUGUGCGUAAU